AUGAGGAGACUCAAAAUGAAAUAAAGAGUAAAAUUAAUAUCUUAUAUAUAUAGAUUAUGAAAAUAGAAAAAAAUAUAGAAUAAAAAAAAUCUAUAGAAAUUAAUUAAUUAAUACAUUCUUAUAGAGAAAAUAAGAGAAAGAUGGCAUUGUCUCCAAUGAUGGAUGAAUCAAGAAUUGAAAGUUUAAAUAGUGUACAUUCUAGAUUGUAAAGUCUUGGAAAUAUGAAAAGGAGUAGAGCUAGCCAACUAAAACAUUUGAAAAGUUCAAGUCUUUUUAAAUCUUCUAAGGAAAUUAAUUAUGAUGUUAAUAGUGAAUUAAAAAGUGAAAAUUUUUAAAUCCAUGAGAUUCAUUUACCUGAUCCUAUGGAAGAUACUCCAUUAGGUGAUUAAUAAAUAAGAAAAAGUGAACUUGAAGUUAGCAUAAGAAAUGAUUCAGAAGAGCAUUCCCAAUAUUCAAGAAAUUAAGAAAAUUGCGAUAUUUAAAAUAAAAUAACAAGUUUAAAAUAAUAAAAAUUCAAUCAAACAUUUUUGCCAUGA